AUGGUGACCCUCAUCUUCUUUUCUGUUCUUCAGGAUCUCAGCAACUUCUACGCUCAGUAUAAGUCCAUUGAGCCGUAUCUGAAGAAGAAGGACGAGAGCCAGCAGGGAAAGGAGCAAUACUACCAGUCCAUGGAGGACCGCGACAAACUGGACGGAUUGUAUGAGUGCAUCCUGUGUGCGUGCUGCAGCACCAGCUGUCCCAGCUACUGGUGGAAUGCGGACAAGUACCUCGGGCCGGCCGUCCUCAUGCAGGCUUACCGCUGGAUGAUCGAUUCCAGAGACGACUUCACAGAAGAACGGUUAGCAAAACUGCAGGAUCCCUUCUCACUGUACCGCUGCCACACCAUCAUGAACUGCACCAGGACGUGUCCCAAGGUACGUGGUAAUGAUCCGUGGCACGUUGACAGAUAA